GGGAGGGAGGGAGGGAGAGGAUGUGAGAGAUAUAUCUGUGGUUAUUGCAAGUCGUGGUGUUGAGGGGACGAGUGCAUCGUCGACGGGUGGAUUCGGGAGAUGCGCGACGAGAGGAAGACGAGCGCCCUGGGGAGGAAGCCGAGGGACACCGACGGCAGGAGAGCUCGCCGGUUAUGAGCACCGCCACGACGGUCGGGAGUAGAAGAAGAGACCAACGUCCAGCCCCGAGCGCAUCGAGCAAAGCGGCGUGCCGAGUGGAGGAGAGAACGCGAGGGAGCACCCGGCGAGAGCUGCCGCUGGCGAGAAUCCUGCGAGUCGCACUUCCUCGCGCGCUGCGUCGAGCGACAUCCUCGUCACCGUUGCCCACGGAGGCCGACGCGCCGUGCGAUAAGAACACGACCGGCCCUGCACUUCCGAUCUCCGAAGGCCGAUCGGUUCGGGCCGAUCGAACGUCUCCAAGGCCUCCGUCGCGUCGACGUCCGAGCGGGAGGAGACCCCUCUCGAGGACCUCCGUCACCAGCAUCUCCGGCGAGCCGCCAGUGCCCGGGAAUCCCGCACGAUCCGCUCUCCCCGACCCGAGCCGAUUGGCCGUCGCGCUUAGAUCGCUCGUCACGCGCCGCGGGGGAAGAAACGCCGCGAGGAGUCACACCUCAUCGUCGUCGCGUCUCUUCGCGCCGGACGUUGAGAUCGAGCCGCGCGAUAGGCGGCGGCCGAGACGAUCCUAUCGGCGGCGCCGCGAGGGCCGCUCCCCGUGGACGAUCAUCCAGCGAGGACUGCGAUCUCCCCAUUUUCCUGCGUCGUCGGGCGGCAGUCGAGAGGAGGCUGGACGCGCGUCUCGCGAAUUGCCGUUGGAUCGCCCCGAGAUCACCGCCGUCGUCGUCGUCGGCCGCGAGUCGCGCUCGAGGAUGUUAACAACGUCGCCGUGGUCGCCGUCGUGGUCGUGUCGGCUUCGGAGUGCGCGUUCGCGUCGUGCCGGCCGAUUCUGAAGGUCGAUGAGCGUGAUUCGGUGCCGGGCAAGUGAAGGCUCCCCGAUCGAAUUCGUGCGUGCCGGCGUCGUCCACGUUGCGUUGCCUAGGCGGCGGAUCGCCCAGUUAGGAGACCCCAACGAGAGCGGCGGCCAGCUGUGAUCGGCAGCCACGCGGUGGACAUGAUUAUUUCAAAGGAUCUGUUCCUCCUUGGCGACCAGGAUUAUCUGCGCCUUGCCGUCGAGAAGCGCCAGCAACGGGCAAUGGGCCGGUCGAUCAUCAAUGCUCCCAGAGUGGAAAGCUCAGCGCUGCAGUUGGUGUGCCCGCUGGAUUCUCGUCCGGUGCAGCUAAUCUUCCGAGGAUUGCAGGUGGUCAGGGAGAAGCGAGCGCUCCUCCGAGAUGUCUCGGGGGUCGUCAAGCCGGGCGAAUUAUUGGCCGUUAUGGGCCCUUCAGGCUGUGGUAAAACAACACUGCUGAACUGUUUGUCCGGCCGCGUCGGCUUGGACGGCGGUGAGAUCUGGCUGAACCGCGAGAGGCUCACCAAACGGUGGCGCAGGAGGAUCUGCUACGUACAACAGCAGGACGUUUUUUUCCCCGAUCUCACCCUGCGGCAGACGCUCGAGUACCAGGCGAGGCUGAGGCUUCCGGACACGCUCUCGCACUCCCAGAAGAUACAGUGCGUGGACCAUAUCAUCGAGGUCCUCGACCUCGCGGCCUGCCAAGACACCAUUAUCGGAGAUUACACGAAGCGAGGACUUUCCGGUGGUGAGAAGAAGAGGACGAGUAUAGCCUGCGAAUUACUCACAAAUCCGUCGCUAAUGCUGCUCGAUGAACCCACCAGCGGACUCGACUCGCACUCGGCGCAGGCAUUGAUCUCGCGGUUGAAAAAGUAUGCCGAGCAGGAGGGCAAGAGCAUCGUGGUGACGGUGCAUCAGCCUAGUUCCAGGAUGUUCCACAGUUUCAGCAAGCUGCUCCUGCUGAGCCGCGGUCAGGUGGCAUACUACGGCUCGACGGCGAAUAUCGGCAGAUUUUUCUGCACGAUAGGGCUCACGUUGCUGCCGCACUACAACCCCGCAGACUUCAUUCUGGAGCAAAUCAAGGGACCAGAGGAGGUUCGAGAGCGCAUCGUUGCUGCGGCGAGAGCCGCAAGACAGGGACCUGACUGCCCACCGGAACUUCGUCCGGAGUAUAAUCCCAGCCAACAUCCGCUCUGCGACCAUCUCAUCCAUUAUCACGAGCACCACAUCAGCCACAACGUGAAAGAAGACGAAGGCCGUACGCUGUGGCUGGACACACAAAGUCACGCCAGCAGCAGCGCGAGUUCUGCCGAUGACGACUACUCCUGGCAGUGGCCCACCAGCUUCUGGUCGCAGUUCAAAGUAUUAACGGAGAGGAAUUUUCAAGAGGCACGGCCGCGGAUGUUGUCGCGCUUGAACUGGUUGCAAACGAUAGCGUUAGGACUGCUGGCCGGGCUCCUGUGGCUGAGGCUUCCGCGGACAGAAGCGGCCCUCCACGACAUCCAGGGCUGGAUGUUCUUCAGCACCACGUAUUGGAUGCUCUUCGCGCAUUUCGGCGCGCUUUCCAGCUUUCCCCCGGAGCGCGAGGUGAUCAACAAGGAGCGCCUGUCAGGAUCCUAUCGGCUCUCGGCCUACUACCUGGCGAAGAUGGUCGGCGAGCUGCCGCUGACGGUAACGCUGCCUGCGGUCUACCAUAUCAUUAGUUACCCGAUGUUAGGCUUCCAGAGUCCGGCGGUCUUCGUCACGCUGCUCUUGUUUUUACUGCUCAACACCGUGGUCGCGCAGAGCGUCGGCUUCUUCGUGGGCGCAUGCUGCCUCGACCUGCAGGUGAGCAUCACCGCGUCCGCCCUCUACACGCUCGCGACGCAACUUUUGGGCGGCUAUCUGGCGACGGCGGUCCCACCGUGGCUGGCGUGGGCCCGGUACGCGAGCAUGGUGCACUACGCCUAUCAGAACAUGCAGAUUUUGGAGUUCGGAGUCGGCGAACCGAUCACAUGCUCGCAACAGAGCAAAUUCGCCGAAUGCAAAAACGGCACGACGAUACCCGUUUCCGCGAUUCUGGAGAGCCAAGGCGGAGCGAAGGGCUCCGGUCUACCGAUGUGGGCGAACACGGCGGUGCUUCUGGCGUUCCUGAUCGUUUUCCGGACCCUGGGCUACCUUGUCCUGCGCUAUUAUCGUGUACCAAAAUGAGCGUGCCGCCAGCCACGCAAGUAGCCACGCAAAUUCUCCACACCGACUACUUUCGCGCGGAUCUUCAGUUUUACUAUUACUAUUACUGUAAAAUCACGCCGCCGCCGCCGCUGUCGUCGUCGGUCGUGUGUCUCGUUAUUGUGUCGGGAAAAUAAUCGGCCGCGCGCGCGUGUUCGUCUCGACGCGCAUCCCCCUGGGGAAUCCCCCUCUGUCCCUUUGUCUCUUUCCAUCUCUCGUCGUGCGCUGUCGAAUGUCUGUAAAGU